CCAGAGUCCAUUUCGAACGAAAGGUCUUCAAUCUUGAACCACGGCAUCCUAUCUGAUGUUGCUGUAAAGCGUGCGAGCGCCGUGCACCACGGGGAGGGCCAUCUCGGCCGAGGCUAGGAAGAUCGGAGCUCUGGACUGCCUGACAAGACAUCGGAUUGGCUAUGACAGUGCGACUUUGAGAAGUGCUGCGAGGGAUGGGACGAUCGUAUCCCAUCGCAUACGACUCGGACCGGGUACGAGGGGUCUAUUUGAGUCUACUCUCUCCGUUUCAAAACUGUGCGUCUCGUUGGAUUUCAACGACCUCACAUCUGCUUACUGAUUUUCUACAACGACCAUGCGGACCUCCUGGGACCGACGCCGUCUUCUUAGUGCUGAUGACAUCCGUUCAUCUCCAGGAAGCGCCGAUGGACUGCCAUGCCC